AUGAGUGAUGGAUUUUGCGAUACUCAUUUGCAGAUCAUGGUUAAGACUAGAGGAUUAGGCCGUGCCUUAGGUCAGGUCACUAGUAGAGGUGUGGGCAGAGGAGAUCAUGAUGAUUCCGAUGAUGCUCCGCAGCGUCGACGACCUAUUGCAUCCCCACGGAGGCAACGAGUCGCUGUGACUGCGGAUCACGUUGAUGAGCCAGUCAUCCCUGUGCCAGAUGUUCAGGAUGACCCGAUGGAGGCACCAGCUGUUGUAGAGGACAUUCCUACGGACAUUCCUCCGGACACAGGCGCAGAGGCUACUGAGGAUGAGCAUCAGGGAUUUUCAGGUGGUCCGGGCGACCCAUCCGUGUUGACCCUCUAUCCUCUCAUGGGAGGAAGGUCUGUCCCUGCUAUUGAGGGACUUAUUGCUGGUACAGGACUAAGUUCUCUGAUCGCGUGUUCGGUAGACACCGGUGAUCGGGGACUUUUGUCCGUGUUUGUGGAGCGGUGGCACCGGGAGACGUCUAAUUUCCAUCUCCCGGUGGGAGAGCUCACCAUCAUGCUAGAUGACGUCUCCUCGCUUCUCCAUCUGCCCGUGAUUGGAGAUUUACACGCCUUUCAGCCCUUGCACGUGGACGAUGCGGUUCAGAUGCUGGUCGACUUGUUGAUGGUCUCUACAGAGUCUACCAGGGCUGAGACAGCCCAGUGUCAUGGACCAUACGUACGGCUGCAAUGGGUACGUGAUAUAUAUGAGCGCCGAUGCCAGACAGGUCAUUGGACAACUGCGGCUCACGCAUAUCUUCUCCAUCUUCUGGGUUGCACUCUGUUUGCUAACAAGAGUGCAACCAAUGUGCAUGUUGUCUACUUGGAGGCCCUUCGUGACCUCAGUAUGAUAGAGAGGUACGCCUGGGGAGUGGCUGCUCUGGUUCAUAUGUACGACCAGCUGAACAAUGCAUCUAUGAGCCACAGUCGACAGCUUGGCGGUUACAUCACACUGUUGCAGUGCUGGAUUUACAAGCACUUUCCCUCGGUCGCGGAGUCCACCGCUGAUCAGGACUACGACGAGGCUUCCCCGCGUGCGUGCAGGUGGAUUGCGACGAAGAAGACCAUGAAGAGAAUUUGCACGUCGUCGUUCAGGGAGCGCCUGGACCAACUCCAGAUUCCAGAUGGGCCUAUUGCUAUUUAUUACCGACCGGAGAGGGUCGUGCGGCAGUUUGGCUACACGCAGACCAUUCCUGCUCCUCCUGUCGAUUCAUGGGUCUCGUAUGACGAUAUACAUGACAGGUGGAUGCACUACGAGGAUCAUAUCGAACCAGCAGGUGAGGUGUCCGUUGUGCCAGGGGCGUGUUCCAGUGACUACAUGGACUGGUUCUUCCGCAUCUCCCAUCCUUUCAUGACACCAGGCCACGCAUUAGAUCCUCUGCCUCAUGGUCACGCCCCGCAACUCCGAGUUGUCCCUCAAGCCCCGCAAACGGAUAUCCCUCACGUGCCAGAGUCAGGAGCAUCGUCCACAUCUGCGGAGAAGCCUAGACAUGCAGUGGAAGUUUGUGAUGACAUUGCUGAGAGGUUGGAGCGUCAUCUGAGUCUAGGGGUGGCCACGCCUGACUCAUCGACACAUGAGGUGAUCGAAGAAUGCCUCAGAUUGGCCAGGAGUGUAGCACAGGACCAUCUAGUAUACGUUAGGUGUAGACGCAGGCGGCGCACUGAUCAAGCGUAG